AUGUCUGCCGAUCAUACGAGAGAUCCAUGUCCUAUUGUCAUUUUAAAUGAUUUCGGUGGUGCCUUUUCCAUGGGUGUCAUUGGUGGUUGCGUCUGGCAUGGUAUCAAAGGUUUCCGUAACUCCCCAUACGGAGAAAGAGGAUACGGUUCUAUAUCAGCUAUCAAGUCGCGUGCACCAGUUGUUGGUGGUAACUUUGGUGUUUGGGGUGGUUUAUUCUCCACGUUCGACUGUUCUGUCAAGGCCGUGAGAAAGAGAGAAGAUGCCUGGAAUGCUGUCAUUGCUGGUUUUUUCACCGGUGGUGCCUUGGCCAUCAGAGGUGGAUGGAGACACACCAGAAACUCAGCUAUCACUUGUGCUUGUUUGUUAGGUGUUUUCGAAGGUGUCGGUAUGAUGAUGCAAAGAGUCAUGGCCCAACCUACAGUAGCACCAGCAUACCCUGAAGAAGCUGCUCCAUUAGCGGCUUAA